UUUCUAUUAUCUCUAGAAGAGUAUUAACAGUGGUCUAGCAACUAUUCCCUUUUCCUUUGGGUACAGCCGAGGCCGGCCUGGGGAGGACAUAAAGCACCCCCCGGCUCCGCCUAAUGGGGUAUCUGCGUGCGGCAGGCGCCCGGGGCUGGGGGUACCGGCCCGGCCAUGAGCGCCCACCUGGCCAUGCCGCCCUACCCGCCCCACGCCGGCGCCCUCAGGUACGGCCACUACUGCUGGCCCUCCGCCGGCAGCAUGGACGGCGCGGCCGCCGAGGAGGCCCCGGCGGCGGACCUGCUCUCCCUGCCCGCCGAGCAGAGGACGCCCAGUCACCCAGAUGCCUCUCCAGCUUCGUCCAGCUCUGGGACGCUCGUCCAGUACACGCCGGACUCUGCCACCAGCCCCACCGCGGAGCGCCCGUCUCCCCAUCCCAGUUUCCAGAAGGUCAAGGAGAAAGGUGAGGGCGGAGCGAAGAAGGCCAAGAGCCGCACAGCCUUCUCCCAGGAGCAGCUGCAAACCCUGCACCAGCGGUUCCAGACCCAGAAGUACCUCAGCCCCCAUCAGAUCCGGGAGCUGGCAGUGACCCUGGGGCUCACCUACAAGCAGGUGAAAACAUGGUUUCAGAACCAACGGAUGAAGUUUAAACGUUGCCAGAAGGAGAGUCAGUGGGUAGAAAAAGGGAUGUAUCUACCACAGAAUGGGUUUCAUCAAUCUUCAUUCCUGGAUAUGACCCCCACGUUUCACCAGGGAUUCCCUGUUGGUGCCAACAGAAACCUUCAGGCUGUGACCAACGUGCACCAAGCUUACAGCAGUGGCCAGACUUAUGGGAAUGGGCAGAGCCUGUACCCAUUCAUGGCUGUGGAGGAUGAGGGGUUCUUUGGAAAAGGUGGGACAAGCUGCAACACCCAGCAGGCCAUGGGUUUAUUAACUCAGCAGAUGAACUUCUAUCAUGGCUACCCUACCAAUGUGGAUUAUGAUGGCCUGCAGUCAGAAGACACCUACAGCUUCCAGAGCACCUCUGAUAGUAUCACACAGUUCUCAAGCUCUCCUGUACGGCAUCAGUACCAGGCCCCUUGGCAUACCCUGGGGACCCAGAGUAGUUAUGAGUCUUAGACCAAAGUGUUUUUCUCCCUCUUACUGUUUUUAGUAAUGCGGUUUCAAGGGUCUUGACUCAGAUCCAAUUUCUAUUCAUUUCUUUUGCCCCUCCUCAAUUCCUGCUUUUACUCUUGGUGGGGCCUAGCACCCUGCUGUGUUGGGCUGCUUUUCUGUUCAAAGGAAUUUGACUGUGCAUAGCUAACCCUUGGCCAAGGGUAUUUUGUGUGUAGACAAAAUUGCAUUCAUGGAGGGGAAUGUGCAAUGCUACCGUCAGGAGCAGCAGAGAUGGUGAAGGUUGAUGUUUACUGUUCAAGACCUUCUCUGCUGCCUCUUUAUUUAGCAGGUGAUUCUCUGAUCCUUGUCUUGUGUUUUGCAGUCAGAUUUUGCUGAAGAUGACUUUUCUUGCACUUCUGCAAGAAAAACCCAUUGUAACCUAGAAUCUGUCUUGCUGUCUUGCCUUCUUUUGUUGAUACCUCAGACAGCUGAUAAGUUCAUCCGGCUCCUCUCAUUCUUCACUGAAAAGCUAAAAGAUCAUCUGAUCUCAGAUGGCUUUGAUCCAAAACAAUUCUUCCUCUCCUCCUGGAGUGGUCAGCACCUGCCUAUUCCUUGCCUGGUACCUUCCUGUGUACGUUAGGGAAAUUGAGAGGAGGAGCAGAAUAAGGAGAAGUGGAGAAGAGUAUUUCUGAUUAUUGAAAUUGAAACUUUAUUAAUAGUUUCCAGAGCUGCUAGCUUCUUUGUGCCUGUCAAAUCAUUCACAAUGGAUCUCUGGAACUGUUCCUAUGCAGUUUAGAUCUUGCCUUCCUUAACCUUUCUGCUGAGAUACUGUUGGCUUGUCCCAACCUGAAUACUGCAGCAGAGGGUAUCCUGAAGUGCCAUUUCUGUUUGAGGUGAUGAGAACCGUUUACUUAUCUGUAUGUCAUAGUUCACUAGCACUUCAUGAACACAGUGACAAUACCAUGGCAGUUUUCUCAGGGGUAGAGAUGGCCAGCUACUUAAAAAAGCAUGUUAGGCAGUAGAAUUGUAGAAGCCUGUCUGCCACUGC